AUGAAUUUACUUGAUAAAGUUCGCCAUGAUAAAGAACGCAAAAUAGCAUUGGAACAUGCUCAGAUUGAAAGAAAAACUGGUGUAAGGGGAUCUUUAUGGGAACGACCCCAAAAACUGAAGCAAAGAUGUCCUUGUGAGCCAACCUAUGAGCUUCAUAGAACAGCUGCUGAGAAAGGUCGUCCAAGGAUAUUGGAACAUGUUGGAGUUCCUGAUUACAUUCAGCAAACCGAAAUGGGAAUAAUUGGCGAGUCUGUCCGUAAUCCAUGCACUCAUUUAAACGCUGAGUAUGAAAUGUACAGAGAUUACCGUGAAGGGCAGCUUACUGAGAAGUUGAAGAAAAUUGACCCUUUCAGGCCAGAUAUAGACAAUUUAAUAGUAAGGGGCAGAACUCCUUCACCACCACCCAAACAAUACCCUGUACUUCCAGAAAUUGUUAUUAAAGAUGAUGAUGAUCCUCCUGGAGAACCACUUAAUGCAGUGUAUGCUUUAAAAAUCAAUAAUACAGUAUUCUACAGACCAGUACCUGGACACGGUCUUUUUCAUGUUCCAAAGUUCCAAGAAGAUGAAAAUCAUGAGGAAUGCUCUACUUGGACCUAUUAUUUUAAUGUCCCUGCCAAAAGAGCUGGUAGGUGCAAGCUGACUAUGGAGAAUCUUGGAACCGUAACUAUAAGGUACUGUUGGAAGAAAAUCAAACGAAAUAUACCUUUCAUACCUGAAGAUGCAUACGAACAAGUAUUCUUUUUUAAUAAAAAUGAAGACAUAAUAUCGCCUGGUCAGACUAAAGAAAUAGCUUUCACAUUUAUAGCUGACAAAGCUGGUAUUUACAUUGAAGACGUGAAGAUGAUAAAUAGAAAAGUUCGGGCUCUCAAAAAACAAAUUAACAAGAAAGCGAAUCUUAACAUGGCAAUUAGUAUUAUGGAGAUGACAGAAGUGGGUAAAAUGAAAGACCUGUACACAGAAAUGCUUCCAGAUAAAGAAUGGGACCUAUCGAUAUCUACUUGGAGAGAGGUGAUGAUGGAAAAAGAAUACGAAGAUAGAAUGAAAUAUUAUCAGUUACUACGUCUAUCUCACUCGGAAUGCUUGAAACCUUGGACUGAGGGCGAUGGUGUAGAGAAAGAGAAAUUCCGUACAAUACAAUAGUUGUGUGCUGGAGUACUGAGCAGCUUAGAUUUGAACAGAUGGAUCGAAUUUGAUUUCUGUCGUCAUCUUGAUUAG